UGUUGAGCGUGCGGUUCCUUUCGCCCGGCGCUGCUUCGCGAUCACUUCGUUAUCGUGUCUCCGUCGUCUGGCCGUGCGUUACUUUGUGAAUCGGCCAGCAAUCGAUCGUCCAACGAAAUUAUUCCGCCGGUAUCCACAAUUAUUCCAUCGUGGCCGUGGCAAGGGUGAGCAUAGGCGGUAGCAUCGACGACGCCCACAGGAACGGAAACAGCGUCGCCCGUAGAAGGGAGGAAAGCGAAAAGGGAGGAAAGGGGAGGACAGCAGGACUUUCCACGGAUUCCUGAACACGGUGGAUUCGCGUCGUAGCCGGAUUGUAUGCAAAUACCCGAAGAAAUAUCCGCGAGCUUGUAUCUGCCUCUGUGUCUGACCCCACCAGCCUCCGCUCGGCUAUCGUGUCGUUAUUUACGCUGCUGACUAACGUUCCCGUGGAAGAGGUCCACUCCAGCCGAUCGUGCAUACCGCGCGAUCGUUUCGCACACAGGGACGGAGUCGUCAACGAAGGGGCAACAUCAGUAUGAAAAGAAAAGUUCGAACACGACGAUGCACGUAAACGGGCAUACAACACACGACGCGAAGCAAGAAAUGAACGAGAUGCUGGAGUGCGAGACCGGAUCCCUGUUAGGCCGAGUCGCGGACCUCGAGAGGCAAUCCUUGGCGCAGAGGGACGAGAUAGUUUGUCUUCGCGCUACUCUCGCGGAUGCGCUCAGGCGAAUUGCCCAGCUGGAAGGACGCGAGAAACGGGAGGACGAGAGAAACGAGAGGAGGAACGAGAGGAUGGUGUCCUCGCCCUUAAGGAACGGACACGUAUCGCUUAGAACUAAUCAAAAUUCAGUGCCCCAGAAAGACAUACGUUUACGUCAAACUGGUACUUCUUGCCUGAGGAAUUCAUCUUCCUCAGGAUCUUCACAAGAUGUGAGAGAUUCAAUCUCCAGUCCACGAAGACCAGUCAGUUACACGCAUUCGUCACAACUUCCUCAAAGAAGGUCAGUUCAUUACCAAUCAACGGGUUCGUUACACUCGGACAGUCCCAGUAGUAGUAGUGUUUCCCCGGUGCCAUCGCCAAGUCCUAGAGCCACGCCACUGCCAGUAGCCAGAUCACCAACAGCAAGAUCAAACGGGCCACCCCAAAGCAGCUUAAGAAGGGCGAAACGGUGGUCGUCGACAGGGGACUUUACGCAUUCCCCGCAAAAUCAGGGAAGCAAUUCGCAACUUGUCAGUAGCAGAUUGUCAGCCUCCACCAAGUCUCUGUUCAACCUCUUCAAGCCACCGACGCUGAACAACGUGAAACACGGCACCAGAGACAUGCAGCACAACGAGGAGGAAAACACCGUCCGCAUGUACCUGCGGGGACGACCCGUCGUCCUCUACGUUCCGACGCCUUUGAUGGAGUCGUACGACCUUCACAAAGUCAGCACUCCGCCCCAGAGCAAACUGAAACUCGACUGGGUGUAUGGUUACCGAGGCAGGGACUGUCGAAGCAAUCUGCAUCUACUGCCGACUGGCGAGAUCGUUUAUUUCGUCGCUGCUGUGGUCGUCUUGUACAACAUGGAGGAGCACAGCCAGAGGCAUUACCUGGGUCAUACGGACGACAUCAAAUGCAUCGCUAUUCACCCAAACAAGCUGGUAGUCGCUACUGGUCAAGUGUGUGGAACAGAUAGACGAGACGCCAUGCCACACAUAAGGAUAUGGAAUUCAGUCAGUUUGACCACCCUUUGUGUAAUUGGCAACGGCGAGUUCGAUGGCUCGAUCUGCUGCCUCUCGUUCUCGAAGACAGACGGUGGGAAUUACUUGUGUGCUAUCGACGAGACCUCUGAUCACAACAUCUCGAUCUGGGAUUGGCAGAAAGGCGAGCGAGGUACUAAGGUGACCGAGACAAAGUGCUCCGUCGACACGGUGGUAUGCGCCGAGUGGCAUCCGCUGGAACGGAACCAGAUCGUGUCCUGUGGGAAGGGACACGUGUCCUUUUGGUCCCUCGAUAACAGUGGUAUGCUGUACAAGCGGAUGGGCAUUUUCGAGAGCAGGGAAAAACCGAGAUAUGUCACUUGCGUGGCUUUUAAUCAGAGUGGAGACGUUCUUACCGGCGACAGCAAUGGCAACAUCAUCGUUUGGGGCAGAGGAACAAACACAAUCUCAAAGAUAGUGAGAAACAUUCACGAGGGAUCUAUAUUCUCGAUUUGUGUCCUGAAGGAUGGAUUUAUUGUCACUGGUGGUGGCAAAGACGGCAAAAUAUUAUACUUCGACGAGUCCCUAAAUUUGACAGGAGAAGAAGCACAAAUCGAGGAUCAUUUCGGUGGAAUCCGAACUCUGGCGGAAGGCAGGGGUUCUCAGGUGCUGAUCGGAACGACGAGGAACUGCAUCUUGGUCGGCGACGUGGGAAUGGGAUUCAAUCCUGCCAUGUUGGGCCACGCCGAGGAGGUUUGGGGCCUGGCUGCUCAUCCGACAUUGCCGCAGUUCGCGACAGCUGGCCACGACAGGUUGUUACAAAUGUGGGAUAGUCUCAGUCACACUGUUGUCUGGAGCAAAGACAUCGGGGAACAAGCACAGAGCAUAGGGUUCUCACCAGAUGGUAAUGUCAUGGUGGUCGGCUGCACUUCCGGAAAAUGGUUAGCAAUCGACAGUGAAACACGGGAAUUGUACACUCAUCACAGUGAUGGAUCGGAGCCUAUCCAGGUCGUUCAAUUUUCACCAGACGGCACGCUACUAGCGUUGGGUUCCAGAGAUAACUACAUUUAUAUUUACCAAGUAAAUGAAGACGCGACCAAGUAUAGCAGAGUCGGACGAUGUAUGGGACAUUCCAGUUUUAUAACUCACUUGGACUGGUCAGUGGAUGGACAAUAUCUACGUAGCAACAGUGGAGAUUACGAGCUGCUAUAUUGGAAUCCCGGUGUCUGUCGCCAGAUUCCGCAGCCAUCGAUAAUGAGGGAUAUGGAAUGGGCAAGUCACACGUGUGUAAUCUCCUUCGAAACAAUUGGAAUAUGGCCCGAAGGUGCUGAUGGUACAGACGUGAACAACUGUACUCGCAGUAGUGACUCAAAAUUACUCGCAACCGGGGACGACUUUGGAAAGGUCAAAUUAUUCUCUCAUCCUGCUUGUCAGCCUAAGUCGCUGUGUCACGUGUACGGUGGCCAUUCGAGUCACGUCACGAACGUGUCAUUCCUGCAAGAUGACACGCGAUUAAUUUCCACCGGUGGUGGCGACACAAGCGUUCUUCAGUGGAUCGUGAACUACUAACUCCGCACGACCGAUGCCAUUCGCGUCGAGUCCUUCGUGAUCGAGUGGCUGAGAAACGAAUGAAAGAAAAAGAGAAACGACGCAGGUUCUUCGAUGGAAAACAAACUCUGAGGAGAAGAAACCACGCGAGGAGGAAGAAGAAAUACGGUGGUCGAAUGUUGCUUCGAUAUUCAUCCCCAAACGACCGUACGAUGAAUCGAGUAUCGACGAAACCGUCGCGAUAAGUUUCGCGAAAUUGCCGAAAUAAUCAAACUUAAUCGCGAACGUUAAUUCCUUUAAGUACAUCAAAAUUUAUCGUGACGGGAAGCGAGACUAAACGUGAGUCGUAUCGGAAUUUUCAUUGUCUUUCUUUCAAAAGUGUCCUUCGCUGAAUAAUUGGCUCGGUAGGUUAGAGUAGAGAACGAUUUUGUUUAACCCUUUCACUUCGACAGUUCAGUCUGUAUCAAUCGUGUACAGAUGGCGCUUGUAUACGCAUUAUUUGGAUACGGGAUAUAUGAGCCGUUCACUGCACAAAUUGAUUAACUGC